UCUCCGCUGAGAGCCGACGGGCAGCAGUUUGGACCGGCUUCCUGUUGGCAGCAAUCACGAUGGGACUCGCCUUGCCUCUCUCUGUCGAUAUUGGCAGGCGCUCAUUACUGCCGCUGCUCUGCACUGCCUUCGUUCUGGCAUGCAUCACAAGCCGGCGGUUGUUCGUCCAUGGAGCAGCAACCUGCAAUGCAGUCGUUCGCACGGAAAAGGGCUUGAUACGUGGCAGAUGUUUGAGCAUCAGCGGCAAUAGCGUGGAAGCGUACUUGGGCAUACCAUACGCCGUGCCACCGGUGGGCUCUCUGCGGUUCAGGAGGCCAGAGCCAGCUAUUCGAUGGAGGGGAAUCCUGGACGCCACACAAAUGCCGAAGCCCUGUUGGCAGCUACCACUGAGGUUCCUGCCGAACUUGACACUCGACUACUCCCAUAUGGCGUCCGAGGAUUGCCUCUACCUCAAUGUAUGGAAGCCCGCUGCUCCCUGCUCCUCGCAAAGUGCUGCAUGCUCCAGGAAGCGCCCGGUUGUGGUGUUCAUACACGGUGGCGCAUUCCAGUGGGGCGACUCAUCUCUGUUCGUGUACAACCCGUCGAACUUCGUCGCUCUCGCUGAUGUCGUUUUUGUCUCGUUCAACUACCGCGUCGGCAUCUUUGGGUUCCUUGAUUCCAAGGAGGCUGGUAUCCAGGGGAACAUAGGCCUGUGGGAUCAGAAUCUUGUGCUCAAGUGGAUCGGAAGGAACAUUGAUCGGUUCGGUGGUGAUCCCGACGAGGUCACUCUACUAGGCCAGAGCGCCGGCGGCAUAUCCGCGGCCCUGCACUCACUGUCCCCCUACAGUCGCGGCCUCUUCAAGAGACUGGUGCUGCAAAGCGGCACCCCACUCUCCCUGAUCCUCGGCAUUGCAUUUGGAGGCAGAGCCAAAAUUAUCCUCACCGCUUUGGCAAUGAACUGCUACGACAAACAUAAAAAGCUUGAAGACCAGGGCAAGGCUAUUUCCACCUGCCUGCGGAAAAUGAAGGCACCAGCGAUAUUCGAGAAGCUCGAUUCCCUCGACAUGACACAACAGAUGUUUCCGCCGUCAGAAAACGACGAUUUUAUCCCGGGAAAGGUGCUAUCCGCAGACACUUGGAAGCACUUGGCCGCCAAAGAAAUCCUUCUCGGAUCAGUGGCUGAUGAGGGCACUGUGUUUUACAACCUGCUCAAGGAAUCGAUUCCCAUUUUCAGCAAGCUGCUCUACAGUGAUUAUCGCACUCUAGUCACCUUUUUAAUGUCGGAGAUGUUCAACAUCGACACUGUGGACGGCGAGAAGCUAGUGAAAAGCUACUUCGGCGACACAACUGAACAACCUUCUGAGAAACAACUGGCUGCCACCAUAAGCAGGAUGCUUGGCGACGCAGUGUUCACUUGUCCGACCGUCUUCUUCGGGCAAAUAGCUGCUGAACAGGGUAUUCACACCUACAGGUACCUGUUCAACUACCGCGCAACCCACAGCCUCUGGCCCAAAUGGAUGGGAGUGGCUCACGCGGAGGACAUUGCUUACACCCUAGGAUCACUGCCCUUCUUCAAAGAUGGAAAGCUGUUAGCACAGCAUCUGGGGCCAAAUGCCGUCAAAUAUGCCGACCGUCUCCAUUACACGCCGGAAGAAGAGAUCUUCAUGAAGAACAUCGUCCAGAUCUGGUCCUCGUUUGUGAAAACAGGAAAACCUGUGCUGCCUCCGCCUGUUGUCGAAUGGCCUGAAUACACCCUCCAGAAUCCCAACGUAAUUCACAUAGAGUUGAACAAGUACACCAAGAAACGAGAUAAUAUUCAAAAUAGAUGCAGUCUGUGGAAGCCUAUCCUGCUAGGAACAAACGCGACGUCGCCUGACGCGGCCACGUAAGCGGAAAUUUCCUCGUCAGAAGCACAGGAUGCUCUGCUCAGUCAAGUCUAGUCAAUAUGUGUGUGUAUGUCUGUGCCAUUUUGCUUGGAAAUACAAUGUAUUUUGAUGUUCUGCG